CCAAACUGUAAACAUUCUGCCCGAGCGAUGAUCCCUUGCCCACAUGGAGAUUCUCGCCGUUUCGGACUGAGACCUUCUACAUGUCCACCCGAUGUCGCUGCCUGCUCUGCUCGUUCGAACGCAGUCGGAGGAUUCGCGAGAAGACGUAUGGAACGACGAUCCCGAACAUGCAUCAUCAUGAUCAUCAUAGAAAACACCGAGGUCGUCGUUGAAACCUGAAACAUGAUCGGGACUCCUGCUUCCCUUCAUGUCCCCCUCUACGCUCUGGAACGGCCAUCAAAGGGAACGAGAUCAACAUGACUGUGACGGCCGAUGGUGCGCAAAAGGACCUCCUGGAUUGAAAGAGACCGGAUCUUCCUGUUCCCCCCGAUCUCCUUUCGAUCAACUCGCACGCUGGCCGUCUUCCUUUGCAUCAUCCACAAAGUGUAAACAAUCGGAAUGAACAGUAUAUAGAGAGUACCAAGGGGAAAGUUGCCAGGAUGAUGGUCGUUCGGGCAAUCUCCUCGACAGGUCAAGAUCUCGAUUUAUCAUAUCUUUCGACUCGCCGGACGGUCCAUCAUAUACCUACGCCCUCUUCCUUCGCUCACCACGCAAUGCCCGUACUCCCUCCGGGGCUCUCGCCCGAGUUUCUCGAGCCCAUCUUGAAAGCCGAGCUCUCCAAGCACAAGUUCCUGAACCUGGGCGGUUUCCUCUUCGGUGCCCUUGUUGAUGCGACGUUGUUCGGGAUGAUGAUGGUCAUGCUCGGAUACUGGGUCAGCUACGUCCCCAAAGAGAGGCUGCACGUCAAGGUCAUCCUCGUAUGGGUCGUACUCUGCGCCGUCGCAUGUACAGGAUAUAAUUGUCACUUGAUAUGGUAUCACUUCAUCCAAAACUUUGGCAAAUGGACGCCGUUCGUCAUGGCCAAGUGGGUCGGCUGGUGGGCCAUAUUCGAUACCAUCACCGUCAUCCCGGUCCAAGCCUUCUAUGCGGAGAGGGCUUUCCGCCUGAUGGGCAACAAUUGGUGGUUGCUCGGUGUCAUCGUCCUCGGGAUGGCCUGUCAAGCUUCGGCGUCGAUUGCCGUUGCGGUUAUCACGGCCACUACACCAGGGUUCGAACAGGUCGAAGCAACGAAAGCGGUCGUCUACAUCUGGCUCACUGCGACGCUCUUCGUCGACUUGUGCUUGACCGGUUCCAUAAUCUAUGGUCUGCUGAAGAGCAAGACCGGUUAUAGCGAGACGUCUCGUUUGAUCAACAGGCUCGUCAUGAUUACUGUCGAAUCUUCCCUCGCAGCAACACUGGCGGCUGUGGGAUUCAUGAUCAACUACUGCAUCUGCGGGAGCGAUAACCUGUUCAUGCUCUUCUGGGAGAUGUUCCACCCGAAGCUUUAUGUGAUACCCUUCAUUGCGGUCCUCAACUCUAGGCUCGACCUACAACGAGGCUUUACGUCCAAUGGAGUCUCGGCGGAUUCGGACGCUACGUUCGCGCUGAGUACGUCUAGCCAGGAUCCGACACAUAGCAAGUUGGAACAGAUCAAGAUUGACACUACCACCGUCCGAGAGGAGCAUCCUGUUCUACCCUAUCGUGUCGGUCUGAAUCGUCGCACUCUGGAUGACGAGUCGAGUAUCGGUGCUCAUACGGCCGAUCACGGCGAUAGUUCGACUGCGUUGAACACGUUUGAGAGUUUCCGGCCUCGUAACCCCUUCUGAAGCGGACGUUUACUCUGUAUAGGCUCCUAGGUUUGAGGGUGUAGAUCGUAUUUAUAAUGAAAACAAUGGAUUCGUGGAGAUCCUGGCUCGUGUCGCAUAAGAUUCGCAC